AUGUUGUUUGACAAGAUUUUUUUGUCCAGGAAGACUUUUGUGGGCGUGCAUAUACUGUACAUUGUGGUGUGCCUGGCGGCAGGGAUUGAGUCCUUGAUACGGGGAACGCACAGCCUGCUUAUUCGCAUCGCAACAGCCACGUACACCUUUGGUUCGUCGGGGAUCCUGUACGCGCUUGGAAUACACGCGGUGGGGAUAGAAAACAUGAUGCAUGUGCUGUGCCUGUCUGUGUGCAACACGGUGUUUCUCACUAUGAUUCUGUUUUUCCGCUUUUUGAUUGAGUUUCGGGCUGCGCACCCUUUUGGUGUGUUCUAUGAUGGAAUUCCCCUUAUUAUAGGGGCAAGCUUCUCCUUGAUUGCUGCGGUGUAUAUUGCGUAUGUGCGGAGGUGUCUUGUCAAUGGGCUGGUUUACCCGGUGUUCAUGCAGAGAAGAAAAAAAAUCGAGUCUAGAGUAGUAUUUGUUCGGAGAGAGUACCCCGAGAUUUUUAGCGUCCAAUAG